AUGAAACCUCAAAGUUCUGCUUCCUCCCAGUUUCGUCGUGGGUUGAAAUUUCUCUCAUCGGAAGCAAUGGUUGUUGCAUCUCCACCGCCCUUCUUCUCAUCAGCUUCAUUUCAUCAAGAAACAAAUCCAUGUUGGAAAGUUAUUCAUUCCGAAUUAUAUAAAUUACAGAAUAUGGUAGCCUCGUGUUUGGGACCUUGCGGUCAAUACAAAUUAAUUGUAGAUCCUAAUCAGAAUCAACUCAUAACAAAAAACGGAAAUCAAUUGUUGGAAUUUAUGAAAAUUAAUAACCCCGUUAUGAAAUAUUUAGUUUCCUUAUUCCGCAAUGCUUGUAGUGAAUACAUGGAUGGAACAAUAUCAUGCAUCAUCUUGUCCUAUGAAUUGUUGGAUUUGAUCAUGAAUGAAUAUUUUUCGAAAUUUCAUAAUGUUCAUCAAUUGUGCUCGGAUCUGUACAGUUUUGGAGAAUACAUGUUAAAUAAUACUCGUAUCUUUGAUAUUCAUACUAAUGAUCGAGUGCACAGAGAAUUGUGCAUUCCUAUCAUCAUCUCUCUACAUCAAAAAAAUCAAAUGGAAUUAUUGCCAAGUAUUUUCAAAAGCUUAAUCGCUAAUCAAAUAUAUAACAACGCUAUUGUGAGCAAUCUAGUAUUAAAUUGGCUCAGUUUGGCAUCUCGAAAUUUUACUCAAUUUGAAACACUUUCAGAAUAUAAUUUGAGAAUUAUGAAACACAUUGGAAAAUUAGAAGAGAGUCGGUUAUUGAGCAAUACCAUCAUUUUAGAGAACUUGUUUAAUUUAAACGUUUCGUUUAAGACCAAGCCAAAUUUAUCAAUGGUGAGCAAGUUUUGUAUUAUGAGCUUAGCUUGUUGGGAAGAUAGCUUGCCGUCUCAAAUCGCUCAUGACAUGAAUACAUACAUUUCCAAGUUGGAUUGUCACAUACUGUUAUUGGUUGUACAAAGUAAUAACAACAGAAAAUCGACACCUAUCGAUCUAUCUCAUUAUCCUCAUUUGCGAAGAUUUAUUCAAAUGCUCAAUCAGAAAAAUAUUCUAGUAUUUCAAUACAAUAUUGACGAUAUUUCAUCCAGCAAUUUGAACACGCAGUCGAAUCAAGGAGACCAUACGUCACUCACUCUUCUGUAUCAUUUGAUCGAUUUGGCAGACUUGAGUGGAAUUGUUACAAAUCUACAAGAUGAAGAGUUUAACACGAACUAUUCCUGUGGUUCAAAUAUUCGUCAUGUGAAAAUGAAUUUUAAAAGAGGAGGCCAACAUUGUGAUUUAAUUAUUGAAUUCAAUGAUUCUCAGGAAUCUACUGUAGAGCUCAAUGAUUCUAAUUUACAUAACAACAACAAUAUCUCGUAUUUUACCAUGAUUGUCAAGUCUUUAAACCACGAAUUGUUAGAUCAAUUAGAAUAUCAGAUUCACAAGUGUGUGAAGCAUUUAAUUUCAAUCAUCAAAAAUCAACCACCUCAUUCGUCAUCAUCCACAAGUAUUGAACUUUUAACAUGUGUCAUUGGAGGAGGAUGUUUUGAAACACAAUUUUCAAAAUUCUUACAACAAUAUCGUCAAGAUUUGGAAAAUUCAAAUGGGAAUGUUGAAAGCAAUGAUGAAUGGUUAAACAAAUGUUACGAACCUUCCGAAACGUUAAAGUUAUUUUCUCAAGCAUUAUUAAGAAUACCCAAACAGUUACUGUAUAAUAUGAUUAUUUCAUCUCAACAACAGAAUCAAGGGCAUGACACCUUUGCACAACAGCAUAUUCACAUGCUCAUGCAAGAUUUGAUGACUGCUGGAUCCAUGAAGUAUAUUCAAAUUCCUGGCAAUCAUUCAACACCUAUCAAGGAAAUUCCCAAAACAUUUUUGAACAUGUUUCGUGAGAGUUCUCAAGAUACUCCUGUCGACAUAUGCGAAGAGGAAAAGGAACAAUUUAGUUCAAACAUCCCUCUCGAAUCAUGGGAUGUGAAAAGACACAUUGUCCUCUCUGCAAUUAAUGUUGUAGUGAAUAUUUUACGACUCGAUAGCAUCAUCUUGGACUGA